CGCAUCUUUCCCCAUUAACAAGGCCGGCCGGCUAGCUAGCUGGUCGCUCUCAUCUCAUCAAUAUACGGCAAAAAAAAAAAAAAAAAAAAGAGUCUCCGUACAAAUAUUUUCCCUCUGAAAAAAGAUACAACUUCAACUAAAUAAGGCGGGGGGAGGGAAUCAUGGGGAGGAAGGAAAGGUCGCCGGCCAGCACGACUCAUGAAGUAGAAGUUAUAAGCAGCCCAAACAGUGUCGGCAGCUCACUCUAUUACUCACCGUACAACGAUCUUUUGACCGCCGACGAAGAUCAUCGCGGUGGUGGUUCUGUUCACAUGGCCGGCGCCAGGUUGGGUAGUCUGAAGGACGUUAUGAAAUCGCCUCCGUGGAUGAGAGGUUAUAGAGACCUCAAACUAGAAGGAGACGAAGACUGCGGCGGCGCCGGUUCCCUUGCCGGGAAAUCACGAGGGUCCGAUGAGAGCUUAUUCUUCCGCGAUGUUCAGCACGAUCAUCCCCAGUUUCUGCUCCAACUCAAGCGCCGUAUUGACAGGGUUGGAAUUGAGCUUUCAACUGUGGAGGUGCGGUUUGAAGGGCUAAGAGUGGAGGCAGAAGCACGGAAAGCAAGCAGAGCUUUGCCUUCACUCUACAACUUCACGGCUAAUAUGGUUGAGGAUUUGUUAAGCUAUAUUCACAUCCUGGAAAGUAGAAAGAAACAGGUGUGCAUCCUCAAGGACUUGACUGGAAUCCUAAAGCCCUCCAGAAUGACAUUGCUGCUAGGGCCGCCUAGCUCAGGGAAGACAACGUUUUUAACUGCCUUGGCAGGGCAAUUGGAUCCAAGUUUAAAGGUAUCUGGUGAGGUGACCUUCAAUGGGCAUAGAAUGGACGAAUUCGUAGCUCAAAGAACAGCAGCUUAUGUUGGGCAGCACGAUCAGCACAUCGGAGAAAUGACUGUCAGGGAAACUCUUGCUUUCUCGGCUAGAUGCCAGGGCUCGCAAUUUCUCUCAGAGGUGGCAAAAGAGGUGUUGAAGAGGGAGUCAGAACGGAACAUUAAGGUUGAUGUUGAUCACAACGUUGAUAUCUUCCUGAAGGUGAGAGGCGCAACAUAUGGUCAAAAAAUUUCAAUCAUAUCGCGAACAAAAGUUUGGAUUCUUGGACUAGAUCAAUGUGCGGAUACCAUCGUCGGGAAUGAAAUGCGAAGGGGCAUCUCCGGCGGCCAAAAGAAACGACUCACCAUCGGAGAGAUGCUAGUUGGGCCAGCAAGGGUGUUGUUGAUGGAUGAAAUAUCAAAUGGGCUAGACACAUCCACCACUUUCCAGAUCGUCAACUCCAUAAAACACACCACCCACAUUCUCAAUGGAACUUCGGUUGUCUCCCUCCUCCAGCCGGCACCAGAGACGUACGAACUCUUCGACGACAUCAUUCUCUUCUCCGAUGGCCACAUUGUCUACCAGGGUCCCCGUGAAGACAUUCUCCAAUUCUUUCGCCACAUGGGUUUCACUUGCCCUGAGAGAAAAGCAAUUGCUGAUUUCUUGCAAGAAGUUAUUUCUAGAAAUGACCAGCAACAGUAUUGGUCUCACGAGGACCAACCUUACUGUUUCAUCACGGUUAAGGAAUUCUCCGAUGCAUUUCUAUCAUUUCAUGUUGGGAAGAGGAUGAAAGAGGAGAUGUCCAUUCCAUUUGAAAAGGAUAUGAGCAAUCCAUUUGCAUUGGCCACCAAUAAAUAUGGGACUACUAAGAUGGAGCUUCUUAAGGCUUGUAUGGCAAGGGAGUUCUUGCUUAUGAAGAGAAAUUCAAUUGUCCACAUCUUCAAGCUCCUACAACUUGCACUCAUGGGAAUUGUGCUAAUGACACUCUUUUUUCGAUCUGGGAUGACCCGCGACUCGGUCCUUGAUGGAAUGGUUUACAUGGGAGCCUUGUUCUUCAUUGUAAUCAUGAUCAUCUUCAAUGGUAUGGCAGAGCAAUCCUUGAACAUAGCUAAACUACCUAUCUUCUACAAGCAAAGAAACUAUUUGUUCUAUCCUCCUUGGGCGUUUUCUCUGCCUCCAUGCAUCCUGCAAAUCCCCACUGCAAUCUUAGAAGCUGCGGUUUGGGUCUUCAUCACCUAUUUCAUGAUUGGAUUUGAUCCUGAGCUUUCAAGGUUCUUCAAGCAAUUUUUUCUACUCAUACUCGUGAGCAAGAUGUCCAAUGCACUAUUCCGAAUGAUGUCAGGAUUGGGGAGGACAGCAGUCCUAACAAAUUUACUUGCGGGAUUUACUCUUCUCACACUUCUAGCUUUGAGUGGCUUUGUCAUGUCCAGAGAGAAUAUUAACAAAUUUUGGAUAUGGGGUUACUGGGCAUCUCCGUUCAUGUAUGCACAAAAUGCAGUAGUGGUGAAUGAGUUCCUUGGAAAGAGCUGGAGCCAUGUUCCUCCUGGGUCGAUAGUUCCAUUGGGAGUUCAAGUUUUAAAGUCCCGCGGUUUCUUCACAAAUGAGUAUUGGUACUGGAUAGGAAUCGGGGGAUUGCUUGGAUACAUAGUGUUGUUCAACCUUGGAUAUACUCUGUCUCUCAUGUUUCUAAACCCCUUGGAUAAGCCUCAAGCUAUUUCUCCUGAUGAGGAGAUUCACAUUGAUAAACCAUGUCGCACAAAUAUCAUAAUGAUGACUUAUGCUACAAGAAUGAACUCCACUUCACAAGACAAACCGAAAGACAAAGUGAAAAAGAUGAAAAGGAAGAGCAAAAAGGGAAUGGUUCUUCCAUUUCAGCCCCAUUUCAUCACCUUUGAUGACAUUACAUAUUCAGUUGACAUGCCAAAGGAAAUGAAAGUUCAUGGUGCCCCAGAGAAGAAAUUGAUUCUUCUAAAUAGUUUGAGUGGCAGUUUUAGACCUGGUGUGCUGACAGCUCUAAUGGGUGUAACGGGGGCAGGGAAAACUACCCUUUUGGAUGUGUUGGCUGGUAGAAAAACUGCUGGCUACAUUCAUGGGACAAUCACCAUUUCGGGAUACCCAAAAAAGCAACAUACUUUUGCAAGAAUUGCAGGAUAUUGUGAGCAAAACGAUAUUCAUUCUCCUUUAGUUACAGUCUAUGAGUCUCUGGUUUAUUCAGCUUGGCUACGACUGCCCAAUGAGGUCGACAUGGAGACUAGAACGAUGUUUGUCGAAGAAGUGAUGGGGCUUGUAGAGCUAAAUAACCUAAGAAACUCAAUUGUUGGGUUACCUGGUGUUAAUGGCUUGUCAAUUGAGCAGCGCAAACGGCUCACAAUUGCAGUUGAACUGGUAGCAAAUCCAUCAAUUAUAUUCAUGGAUGAGCCAACCUCAGGAUUAGAUGCUAGAGCUGCAGCAAUUGUCAUGAGAACAGUAAGGAAUACAGUUGACACUGGAAGGACUGUGGUGUGUACCAUCCACCAACCAAGUGUUGACAUAUUUGAGUCAUUUGAUGAGUUGUUCCUAUUGAAAAGAGGAGGACGAGAGAUAUAUGUUGGACCAUUAGGCUAUAAUUCAUGUCAUCUAAUCCAAUAUUUUGAGAGAAUUCGAGGAGUCCGAAAAAUAAAACCAGGGUACAACCCAGCAACUUGGAUGUUGGAAAUCACAACAGCUGCAAAGGAGACAGAGUUGGAAAUUGAUUUUGCUUCUAUCUACAGGAACUCUAAUUUGUACAAGGAAAACAAAGGAACCAUUGGGCAACUAAGCAAACCAGCUCCUGGCUCAAUAGACCUCAACUUUCCGACAAAGUUCUCCACCUCGCUUUUCACUCAAGCUAUAGCAUGUUUAUGGAAGCAACACAAAUCGUACUGGAGGAACCUGACUUACACCGGUGCAAGACUUUUCUUCACAGCUACUAUAGCCUUGAUGUUUGGGACUAUGUUCUUGAACCUCGGGAAGAACACGACAAAAGAACAAGAUCUUUUCAACGCAUUUGGUUCAAUGUUUGGCUCGGUGUUCUUCAUUGGUGUCCAGAAUGCAUUGUCAGUGCAACCCAUCAUAGAUGUUGAAAGAAGUGUUUACUACAGAGAAAAGGCUGUAGGGAUGUAUGCGUCAUUCCCAUUUGCAGCAUCACAGGUUUUGAUUGAGAUCCCAUAUGUGUUUGUGCAAGCAGUUAUGUAUAGUGCCAUAGUGUAUCCAUUGAUUGGAUACGAUCUUAACCCGCAUAAAUACCUAUGGUUUUUCUGCGUAAUGUUUUUCACUUUGUUAUACUUCACCUUCUACGGGAUCAUGAAUUUGGCCCUCACCCCAAAUCAGCAUAUUGCCUACGUGGCAUCCGGUGCAUUUUUUGGGGUAUGGAAUUUGUUCUCUGGAUUCGUCAUCCCAAAGACUGUAAGCAUCUUGAUUCAAAUACUAUAAUAAUUUUCUUCAUCAUUUUCAUAUAUGGAGCAUUAGUUAACAUGUGAUUGAUGUGAACAGAGGAUUCCAACGUGGUGGAGAUGGUAUUAUUGGGCAAACCCAGUAGCAUGGACCUUGAAUGGGCUGUUGACAUCCCAGUAUGGAGAUGAAGAGACUAGGCUUGAGAUGAGUGGUCUCACCAUAAAAGAGUUUCUGAAAUUAUACUAUGAUUUUGAAAGCGAUCGUUUACGAGUGGUGGCCACUGUGAUUAUUGGGUUUGGCGUGUUGUUUGCUUUUGUAUUCGCUAUUUCCAUUAAACUCUUAAAUUUCCAGAAAAGAUAGUUCUCGCCAUACAUCCUUUUUGGUUUCAUCUAUUGUGUAUUUCUUUGUAUAGUAGCUUAACUAAUUAAACAUCAUAUAGUUUCUUGUUCAUAUAACAAUAUAUUUUCGUAGCUUAACUAGCUUGGAGUGUACUAAAGGAUUGUUUUUCCUAUUUUAUAUAUGUAUUUAAUGACGAUUUAUCUAUAACUUUAAAAGAUCAUAGGAUGCAUGAUGUGUGAGGUAUUUGGAUAUGCGAAUUUGUAUACAAACAAUUUACAUAUAAAGUACCGUCUACUUAG